UGUAAAGGGAUAUUUGGAAGACCAAAGCUCAUACAAACUCUUCUUCACUGAUGUGAUUCUUUUCUUGCAAAAAUCUUUGUGUUUCUAUAAACUAAUAUAAAAUAUUUCAUUCCGAUUUUGCAUUUUGGAGCGAAAAUUGUUGCGAGUAAUGCAAGACAUCCACUCGAUCGCAGGUGGCUGCAUAUUCAGCGGCGGUGGCGGUGGAGGUGGAGGUGGAGGUGGAGGAGGAGGAGACAAAAGGUUACGAUCGCACCACCAUCACAACCAUCAAGCUCUCAAGUGUCCUCGUUGCGAUUCUCUCAACACGAAAUUCUGUUACUACAACAACUACAACCUCUCUCAGCCACGUCAUUUCUGCAAGAGCUGCCGUCGUUACUGGACAAAAGGCGGCAUCCUCCGUAACGUUCCCGUCGGCGGUGGCUGCCGCAAAGCCAAGCGCACCAAAACCAAAGCUUCGUCCGAAACCACCGCAGUCGCCGCCUCCGCACUUCCGCCUCCGGAGCAACAACACGGUGAUCAACGUAAAGCGAAUUCUCAUUCUAGUAGCGAGAGUUCGAGUCUUACUGCCACUAACUCUAACGUUGCAGUGCCAAAUCAAAACAACUACAGUUCUGCCGCUGGCACGGCGGAGGCGGUAACCUCUCAUUCUAACUUGAUAAAUGUGAGUGAACCGAAGUUUUACGGAAACCCUAAUAAUUUAGGGUUAGAGCCAGGAUUGCUAGAACAAGGAUCAGACUGCGGGAUAUUUCCGGAGAUUGGGAGUUUUACGAGCUUGAUUACAUCAUCAAACAACGAAACGAUGUCGUUUGGUUUCGAUAAGGUAUUAAACGGGCAAGCACUUGAGCAAGGACAGUGGCAGCAACAGCAUCAAAAGAUGAUGAGGAUGGGAGAGGAUGAAAUCAACGGUGGAUUGCUUGAUCAGACGGUGCAGGUUGAGUUAUCAAAUAUGCAUAGUAGAUCAGAGAAUGGUUUUGGAGCGUUGGAUUGGCAAGGGAAUGAAGAUCAAGGGUUGUUUGAUCUUCCUAACGAUGUUGAUAAGACAUAUUGGAGUCAAACACAGUGGCCUGAUCAAGAUCAUCAUGGCCUCUAUCUCCCGUAAAUUAUCUCUGACCCUUUUUUCUCCCACUUAAAUUAUUUAUUAACUACAAAAUUGAAAUAGAGAUUAAAAAAAAUCUCAUAAAAUCAAAUCUCAAGGCAGGAUUUAACUGUUAUUUUCGUUAUUAAUUAUGAUAAUUUCGUCCAAGUGUGUACUUUAUACAGUUAUAUGGGUAUAUGAAUAUAACUGUUCCCCCUUUUGUAAUUUUUUAAAAAAACGUUUUCUUUCAUUUUUAUAGUAUUGAAGUUUUAUUUGGGUGA